AUGAGUCAGGAACCGAAUAGCUCGUCGAAGAAACGGCCAUCAAGUUCAAGCUACACGCAAAGCUACAAGGAUGGAGAAGUCCCGAAGGCGCACUCUGCCGCAUCUGAGAAAGUUCUGGCGGGACAUGGAGUGUACAUCAACGAAUUGCAGGGCCUAUCAUACGUGCAGGAAGAGAGCAAGUCGUACUGCAAACGCCUGUUACAGAGUACCUACCCGGAGCCACAAUACACGGCAUUUCCACUGUCCAAAUUCUUAUCAGUGUGGCAGCGAGUGCAAAAUCAGCUGGAACAUGUCGUGGAAGACAUCGACACAGAGUGGACGCGGUGUAAGACGCUCGGAGGACCCAGAUUGAAACCUGAUCCGGCGCUCGGAAUUGCCGCGUCCGCUUUCAACGAAGAAGAGUUGGCGAAGCUGCGGAACUACACGGCGUUCGAGCGCGCCACAUUGUUCACUAACAACCUUUAUUUCCCGUUUCUGCUUAGCGAGGCCAAAAGCGCGGAUGUGGGGAUCAGCGUGGCUGAUCGUCAAAACAUGCACAGCAGCAGCAUGGCGGUGAACGCCAUCAUCCAGCUUUGUCGUGCUGCAGACGAAGCGCAAGUGGUGGAUUUGAGCGGACGAAUCCUGGUGUUCUCGGUCUCGCACGACAACGAACGAGUGAAACUGCAGGAAGAGGACCACGACUUUGUGCGAGAGGUGUACCACACGUUCUACCCAGCACAGCUGAAACGAGUCCGUGAUGCACUGGCGGCCAUGGAGGAUCCUCGGAACGUGUCGAUGACUUCCAGCGUGGGCAUGGAGGAAGACGGAUCCCAGGAGCUAGAUCCGAGUGCUCGGUCCUCUCGGGAAACGGCAGGGUUCAAGAGACCUGACACUCCUGCCAGCAAGAAGCAAAAGGGAGAGAUGGCCCUUCUGCGCGAGCAGCUAGAGCAGCAGAGAAAAGAUACGGAAGAAAGGGAGGCUAAUCUGUUGAGAGAGUUGGAGAAGCAGCGACAAAAUGUGGGAAAGCAGCGGCAAGAGUCUGAGCAGCAGCAGAAAGAACUCAUGAAGCUGCUGACGGAGCAGAGCACGCAGAUCAAAGAACUCUUACAGAAACGAUGA